AUGCCCGGAAACAACGAAAUCAAUGGUGAUGGAGUUGUUGGGAUCGGUGAACAAGGUUUAGCUAAUCCGGAACAGCAACGGGGAUUUGACACAUGGACAUUUAUCAAGGGAAUGCUGUACCGUAUUGUGAUUGUUUACUUUGUGACGUCACUUUUAAAAAAUUUUAUGAGUGGACGGCCAGACGAUGUUGGUCAUAAUAAUACGGGAGCGUUGAACAUAGGCGCCGCUUUACCAUCGCGAAAUCUUUUCCAACCAGGACAGAAGUUUGACCUUUAUAUAUACCUCUCCGAUUCGCAGGAUCACUUUGAUAAAUUUGAUGACGAAAGUGCAUUAUUUUGGAAAGAAACUGAUAUAAUAUACAGUGAUUGGACAUCUGGUCCAGAUGGUGAUGGUUCCCGUACUAAAUCAGCUACAUUUCCCACUCCCAAAUCGCUUGCUAAUAAUGGCUCGUUAUACAUACAUGUAUUCAUUGUAAAGAAAGAUCAGUCACCUGAUCGUCGAAGUCGGCAUCAUGUUAAAAGAGAGGUUUUAUAUAAUGUACGACAACUUAACAAAUACAAGAAGAAAUAUUACAAAAAAACACAAAAUUUGCUUACCGGUAAGACGGAGCAAACCGAGGAAGAACAAAAGAAGGCUGAAGUGAUGAGUUUUGAAGUACUCAAUUAUUGGCACCCAAAUUUAACGAUUAAUCUUGUUGAUGAUCAGACGGCAUGGCAAAGAGGUUCGUUACCAUCUCCUCUUGAUGAAGCUGUAAAGUUUGACCCGAUUGAUAAUACUUACAAGCCCAUAUUCUUUUUCAAUGACUACUGGAACUUGGCAGCCGAUUACAUGUUAUUAAAUAGUUCAGUCCAAGAAUUAAAGCUAUCUAUCCGGUAUGCCCCAAUAUCAUUGUUCAAAUGGCAGCUAUAUGCAUCGCAACAGAUGCGUGGGAAAUGGUCACAUAUGUUCGGUGGAGAAUUAUUUGAGAAUGGGGAUGAUGAUCAAGAUUCAAUCAAACAAGCACUUCUGGAGACAAGUCCAAUAUUACUUGGACUGACAAUUACUGUUUCAUUGUUGCACACCGUUUUCGAGUUUUUGGCUUUCAAAAAUGACAUCCAGUUUUGGAGAUCAAGAAAAAGCUUGGAGGGCUUAUCUGUUCGCUCCGUUUUAUUCAGUGUGUUCCAAUCAGUUAUCGUUUUCUUGUAUAUCUGCGACAACGAUACUUCAUGGAUUAUCAAAAUGUCUGUUGGAGUUGGUUUAGUGAUUGAAUUGUGGAAAAUACCAAAAUGCGUCAAUAUAAAUAUUGAUCGAACUCAAAAACUAUUUGGGUUCUUGCCAAAAGUCACGUUUACUGAUAAGGGAUCAUAUGUUGAAUCAGACACAAAACAAUAUGAUCAGUUAGCCUUCAAAUAUCUAUCAUGGGUGCUAUUUCCACUGCUUGGUGGCUAUGCAGUGUACUCCCUUAUGUAUGUCGAACAGCGUGGGUGGUAUAGUUGGAUACUGAGCAUGCUGUAUAGUUUUUUACUUACAUUUGGAUUUAUUAUGAUGACACCACAGCUUUUUAUAAAUUAUAAACUAAAAUCUGUGGCUCAUUUACCUUGGCGCAUGUUAACAUACAAAUUCAUCAAUACGUUCAUCGAUGAUCUCUUUGCAUUUGUCAUCAGAAUGCCAACAAUGUAUCGUUUAGGAUGUUUCCGAGAUGAUAUUGUGUUUUUGAUAUAUAUUUAUCAAAGGUGGAUUUAUCGAGUUGAUCCAACGCGAGUUAAUGAAUUUGGUGUUUCGUUGGAAGAUCCAGUUGGUGAAAAAGAAUCGCAAAAGCAGUUGAUGGAUGCGAAACCGCCUGAUGAUAAAGACCUACAAAGCUCGACUGAAACAGUUCGGAAUAAUAUAGAAACGAAGAAAGAGCUAUAA